AUUAUGUUUAUUUAUACUGCGGGUAUUCUAUCUGUUUUCUAUAUGGUAAUUGUUGGAUAUGAACAAAAACCUCAGUCAGAUGAUGACGAUGUCGAAAAAAACGGUGUGAACGAUUCUAAACAACAGGAAUCGAAUUUGUAG